UAGAGUGAGAGACAUGAACCUCCCGCGUGCCAUUCGACCCCCUUCGCCAUUCUGGUUCCCAUUGACACAACCCCCACCACCCAAAACACCUGCUCCUAUGUCUCUCUCUUCUCAUUCCUCUUCUCUCUCUUCCCCUUUCUCUUAUUAUUCCCCUUCUCUCCCUUCUCACUCCUCUGCACCUCAAAAGUCCCAAAUCACACCAUCAACUAACGCAUCCAUUCAAAUUACUCAUUUCCUUGCUCUCUCAGCAACUCAAAUUGAAAAACCAAAGCACCCAUCAAAAUCAAUAGCUCUUCUUUCUCUCUCUUCUUCUUCUUCUCCUUCAAAGAACCCACCUUUCUCUCUCUCCUACUCUUCUCUUUCUUCUGCUUUCUGUAACACAUCAAAGAACCCACACUCCGUUUUUUCUUCUUAUUCCCAAACCAGAUGGCUCUCAAUUACAAAUGCUCCCUCUCUUUCUCUCUCUUCUCACUCAUCUGCAACUCACACCCCCAAAACCCCCCUCUUUCUCAGACCUUCAAUCCAUUCCACCACUCUCCAAGACCUCCAAAACUUCAGGGAGUGGGCUCAGAAACUCUCUCUCUCAAUUGGGUCCGAUUCUUCUCUCUCUAAAAUCGACCAACCCGAACCCAGUCUCUUAUUUAGAGAGAUAGAAUGGCUUUUGCAAGAUGCAAUGGAGGAUUACACCGCAAAUACUCAAAUGGGUUCCUCCACAAACAACAAUUUUUUGAGACUGAGGACCUCUUUAGAGGAUCUUUAUGCUUUAUGGGAAGAGAGAAUUGUAAAAAGAAGGCCUUUUCAAUACAUUGUGGGCUGUGAACACUGGAGAGACAUGGUUUUAGCGGUUGAAGAAGGGGUUUUGAUACCAAGGCCUGAGACUGAGGUUUUGGUAGACAUGGUUGAGGAGGUAGUGAGAGAAAGAAAGGAUCUAAGAGAGGGUUUGUGGGUCGAUCUCGGCACCGGAAGUGGAGCAAUUGGGCUUGGAAUAAGCGGGGUUUUGGGCGAAAGUGGGCUUGUUAUUGCUGUGGAUUUGAGCCCAGUUGCCAUUGCAGUUGCAAAGUACAAUAUAGAGAGGUAUAAUUUGCAGGAUCGGGUGGAGGUGAGGCAAGGUUCCUGGUUUGAACCUCUUCAAGAUGUCAAAGGAAAGAUUGCAGGUCUGGUCAGUAACCCACCAUAUAUCCCAAGUGAACACAUUCCUGGGCUUCAACCUGAAGUUGGUAAGCAUGAGCCGAUAUCUGCCCUAGAUGGAGGUAAAAAUGGCAUGGACUAUCUUCUUCACCUGUGCAUGGAAUCAGCUUCAGCCUUGACGCCUGGUGGAUUUGUUGCUUUUGAGACAAAUGGAAAAGAUCAGUCCAAAAUUAUAGCAGAGUUUCUACAUACCAUGCCAAAAAAUGGUUUUUGUGACGUGAAGAUCCGGUCAGACUUUGCUGGAAUUCCUCGUUUUGUCACCGGAUUCCUUCGUUAAAAUGACCUCAAUUUUUCCUCUUUCGGGGUUCUAUCAAUGAAACAGCGGCAUACACUUGAGGUUCCACAAUUCAAUGUACUGUUUUUUCUGGGUGUAGGUUCAAAUUCGGAAGGGACAACAACUAAGAGUGUAAGCAUCAACCAUCCCUUACAAGAGACAGACAUGUUAGGAUUUCUUUUUUUGCUUUUGUGGGUUUCUCCAUUUACCUACCACGACCUCAAAUUACUACUUGGAGUUACUGGUUGGUGCACGAGCAAGUCCAAAAGACCCGCUAACCUCAAGGGGCAUAUCGGCAUAAUUAUACAUGUUUUGGCGGAUUUUGCCAAAAAAUGCUCUAAUUGACAGGAUCUCUGCUUUCUAUAUGUGAUAAGGUUGGUUUUGAUGUUCUCUACGUUUGUGGGGGCCCUCUUUCAUUUUCUCGGUAUUCAUCAACCGUCGGGAUUCGUUGAGUUAGAAUUUGAUUUGGAGACACACUAUACACACUCACACGCACUAGGUGUUUCAUUACUGUUGGAUUUGGAGUUCUGAUUAGAGAGACUCUCAGAAAGAGGCCUGUGUGCCCAUGCUUCUGUUCAAAGCCAUUAUUGGAGCUAGCUUCUUUUGUGUUUAGUUAAUUACGGUAUUUUCCUCAUUGAGUUGUCUUUUGUCUAGGUCUGCUAAUUGGCAUAGAUGUACUUUCUUUUAUAGCUCAUUCAUGGAAAAGGAAAUAAAUAAUUUAAAGCAUUUGUACU